AUGUCAGAAUUACCUACUCCAGACUCCCAGAGAGUUCGGAUAAAGCCCCCUGCCAGAACCCCACCUGCAACUUGUACUUCAGAUAAGGUUAUUCGACCAAAGAAGAUUUUACUCAGCAGCAGCAGCAGUACCCAUGGUAGCUCUCGUGAUACACCAAAAACUUUCUCAAGAAGUCGGCUGAUGCUUACCUCGUCAUCCUCGGUAAAACACAAGAUACAAAAGAAAUUUGGUGACCCAAAUGAAGCUAAAUACCCAACGAACAUAGUUACUGGAAUAACAUCAUUCAUCAAAAUACAACCAGCAAAGCCAUCACGUGAGGAGAAGCGACAAACAGGACUGCAAAAGAAGAGGGAUCGAGAGGAUGAGACGAUAAAAAAGAAAGAAGAAUUAUUAAAAUUGAAAGCAGAGGGGCAGAAAAGACGCAACGAGGAAAGGAUGAAGCGGGUACAGGAAGCUCGUGAAGAAAGAGAGCGUAAGGCUAUAGAAGCAAAGAAACAACAAGACAGAGAUAGAAAGAACAGAGAGGAGCGACUAAGAGAACAGCAGCAGCAGCACAGAAAGCAGCAACUUCUUGCUAAGAGACGUGCAGAAGAGGCUAGAGUUAAGAAGAUUAAAGAACAGGAAGAAGAACGAAGGAAACAGGAAGAGGAGUCAAGGAAAUUAAAGGAAGAAGAAAAGCAAAAUGAGGAGGAAAAACUAUUAUAUCUGGCAGAGCAACGCCGUCGUCAAGAGGAAGAAAGGAAACGGUAAGUGUAUUAAAUAAAAUUACAG